ACGCCAAGUGCCUGCUGCAGGGCUUGGAGUUUAUCCACAUUAUCUUGCUGAAGUCCAAGAUGAACCUCAUCUCCCUGGGGACAAAGAGUUUGUAUCGUGGCAGCAGGAUUUGGAGGACUCCGUAAAGCCCACACAGCAGGCCCGACCCACUGUUAUCCGCUGGUCUGAAGGAGGCAAGGAGGUCUUCAUCUCCGGGUCCUUCAACAAUUGGAGCACCAAGAUUCCAAUGAUUAAGAGCCAUAAUGACUUUGUGGCCAUCCUGGACCUCCCUGAGGGAGAGCAUCAGUACAAGUUCUUUGUGGAUGGACAGUGGGUUCAUGAUCCAUCAGAGCCUGUGGUUACCAGUCAGCUUGGCACGAUUAACAAUUUGAUCCAUGUCAAAAAGUCUGAUUUUGAGGUGUUUGAUGCUUUAAAACUAGAUUCAAUGGAAAGCUCGGAGACAUCUUGUCGAGACCUUUCCAGCUCACCCCCGGGCCCUUAUAGUCAAGAAAUGUAUGUGUUUCGAUCUGAGGAGAGAUUCAAAUCCCCGCCCAUCUUGCCUCCUCACCUUCUCCAAGUUAUUCUUAACAAGGACACUAAUAUUUCUUGUGAUCCAGCCUUGCUCCCUGAACCAAAUCAUGUUAUGCUGAACCAUCUCUAUGCAUUGUCCAUAAAGAUAAAGAAACUAAGGCUCAGAGAAGGUCAUAUUGCCAGUAAAUGCACGUCAAACAUUCAACACCGAAGGAGUCCAAACUUGAUGCUUGAGAGACUCCUUGACUGCUCAGAUGAGCCCAGCCACACUGAGGGCAUCCACAGUGCUGAGGUGCAGAGCUGCUUUUCAAUAUUUCAUAGAGGAUUAACACACAAGAAUGGGUUUGAAAACUUUUCUCCAAAUGGAUUUUGUCACUGAACUCUGAUGUGUCUGAAAAUUGUGAUGUUGCACAUACAGAAAUUGUUUUUCUCCAUAAAACUGUUGAAUAAAAGUAUUACGCAGCAAUA